AUGGAGCAAGUCAUGGAAACAACAAAUUUUGGUUUGAAGUUGUUGGUUGAUAGCAAAGCUCAUAAAGUUGUGUUUGCUGAAUGUGGAAAAGACUUCAUUGACUUUUUAUUUACUAUACUCAAAUUACCAAUUGCAUAUUUCAUUAGGCAGCCUAGUUGUAUGUCUGUGUUUGGUUGUCUAUCCAACACGAUCCCAAAUUUUAUGCAACUUGAUGAAGUUGGUGAAGUCCUGACAUGGAUCAUCACAGAUGAUUUGUUCAUUGCACCAUUAUCUGCAACUAGUGUGAUCAAUGUGCUAAGAACAUCUAAGACACAAGUUGAUCAACUUCAACACAAGACCAUUGAUUUUCAGAUAAGUGAUUUGAAACAAGAGUUCUUGCUAGUUUCUUUGAGGUCCAAAAUAGUUCUAACUAACCUUUUUCUCAGACAGACAGGAUGGAGAAAAUCAAACAAUGCUACUCCAAACAGGUUGUUGGAUAGUGAUGGUGGUUAUGUCAAAGGACUAAUAGUGUACAUGGUAACUUAUAAUUUGUCAGUAACCCCUCUGUCUAUGAUAUCUGGCUUGUCAAAGUUGACUAAUGUAGAAUCAACUGCUGAGUUUGAAGUGAAGACAGUUGAGUUUGGUGUGAAUGAGGCUCUAGAUAUUUUAGAAGCAUCCUUUCAAUCGAAGACAGUGCUAAGCGAGACAUUUCUUAAGGGGCAUGAGUUUGACGAUCUCGCGUUUAUUUGA